ACAACUUCCAGCUCGGCGAAAAGAACCACAGCAACGAGCACCCGAGCUACAAAUCUUCUCACAAACUUUGAACUUUUUCAGUCUUUUCCGAAAUGUUAUUCCAGACCUCUGGAAGGCUCAAACAUUGGAAAACUUUCAAACAUAAACAAAGGGAUACUAAAAAAUGAAUAAAGGUAACUUACAAAAGAAACCUAGCAGUAAAUAUCAAAAAACUUCUGUUGGUAUGCUAAAGGGAACAGAAUCGAUAAGUGUUGGUCCCUUGGAAGAUGAAAUCGGAAGACAUGUGGAAAGAAAUCUGAAAGCAAAUGAGACAUCAACUUCUGACGGAGCUACUUGAUUCAUUGCUUUUUUCUGCUUGAGAUAUUUUGGACAUUGGUGUGGCAGGAAGAAUACUGUGCCACCCAAGUGAGGGAGAUUCAGUGCACUGACUGUUGACAGUGCUUCACACCAUUUACUCAGCUUGGGGAUCAAAAUCUCACUCCUUGUGGUGGGGAGAGACUGUGUAUACAUUCUGUUUGUAAUUUCAAACCCAGAGCGACACAAGGAAAGCUCCCACCAUGGGGAAGCCGUGGAAAUGUGGGGACUGUGGGAAAGGAUUCCUUUAUCCAUCAGUGUUGGAAACUCCUAGACGCGUUCACACCAGGGAGAUGCCGUUUACCUGCUCUCAGUGCAAGAAAGGUUUCAUGAAUUCUUCCAGCCUGUGUACCCACCAGCGGGUCCACACCGGGGAGAGGCCGUUCAGCUGCCCCGAGUGUGGGAAGGGAUUCAGUCAGAUGGGCUUUCUGCAGACGCACCAGCGGGUCCAAACGUGUGCCGUGUGCGGGAAGGGGUUCACUCAGUCAACUGAACUCAUGAUCCACCAGAGCGUCCAUACCUGGGAAAGGCUAUUCAUCUGCUCAGAGUGUGGGAAAGUCUUCAAUCGACUGUGCACCCUGCAGACCCACCAGUGUGUCCACAUCAGGCAGAAGCUCACAUGCUCAGUGGGUGGGAGGCGGUUCGCUCAUUCAUCUACACUGCUGAUCCACAAGCAGAUCCACACCGGGGAGAAGCCAUUCACCUGCUCUGAGUGCGGGAAGGGAUUCAUGAAUUCGUUCACCCUGCUGAGGCACCAGCAUGUCCACACCGGGGAGAGGCCAUUCGAUUGGUCCGAGUGUGGGAAGGGGUUCACUUGUUCAUCUACAUUGCUGACCCACAAGUGAGUCCAUAGCGGGGAGAGGCCAUUCAUCUGCUCAGAGUGCGGGAGGGGAUUCCUGAAUUAUUCUGCCCUGCUGACCUACCAGCGGGUUCGCACUGGGGAGACACCAUUCACCUGCUCUCAGUGCGGGAAGGGCUUUACCCAGUCCUCCCACCUGCGGAGACACCAGCGAGUUCACAGGCCAUCGCAGGGGGAUUGAAGGAGCGAUGGCCGAGUGCCACUAUCGACCAGACUAUCAGCCCAGUUCCAGGGACUCCUGGGUUUGAAUCCCAUCGCGGCAGAUGACGGCAUUGGAAUUUGCUCAGAAAGCUGGAGUUCUGAAUCUACUGAUGAAACCAUGUCCUUUUUCGAGAAGAAAACUGUCGUGGCAAGAAUUGAUUCACUCAGUCGUCCCAACUGCAUCCUUUACCCAGUCUGGCCUACACGUGACUCCAUACUGGUUGUGAGGGGGGGGGGGUGCGGGUGGUGGUGUUGCUUCGACCUUGAG